CCAACAUCCAUCACUUGUCGAGCUGAUAGCAGAAAAUUCGGUUUGGUAGGGUGAUCCUCUUUGGCAGUCAUGGAUACUUACCAACAGUAUCCGUCCCAAAUGUUGAUGAAUUGGGGAGUUUAUUUGACUGACCAAGGAGCCAUGCAAGGGGGGCAGGGUGUCUACUCUGAUCCUUGGUCCAACCCCGUUUCGACAGUAAACACGGUCAACACCGUUACAUCUCUUCUGAAGAAUGGCCAAACUAUAUUUGGCCAGGAUUGGAAUACAGUACCCAUCAACGGCUAUAAUACUCACCCCUAUACAGCCGCUCUGCCAGCAGCCGGUUACGAUAACAUUAACGAGUUGGCGGAUCAGUUCUGUGAGCUGUCGCUAUCCGUAACUGACAGAAAACCCAAUAAACGUCCACCCAGCACCUACCUCUGCCAUCUCUGUUUUACCAAAGGUCACUUCAUAAGAGACUGCCCUCAGGCCAGACCAAAAGGGGAAGGACUGACACCCUACCAAGGAAAGAAGAGAUGUUUUGGCGAGUACAAGUGUCCUAAAUGUAAGAGGAAGUGGAUGAGUGGCAAUAGCUGGGCCAACACAGGACAGUCAUGUAUCAAAUGUAACAUCAUGGUGUACCCACACAAACAGCGACCCCUGGAUAUGCCUGAUGGACUGGACGUUUCUGACCAAAGCAAGGUCCACCCUCAGCAUCUUUGUGAGAAAUGCAAGAGCUUGGGGUUCUACUGUAGGAGAACUACAUAAAAAUCAUGUGCUUUCGAUCUCCUCUAAACUUCUUUUCUCAUAGUUAAAUGUACCCAUUAAAGUAUUAAUAUAUUUCUGUAAUGUUUGAAGAUUACCAAGCCUAUGCAUAGAUGUUGUCUUCUUAGUAAUAGUGUGUUAUGUUUUAAAGGUAAUCCCCCCCCCCCCAUAAUUUUUCAAAAAUUUACUUUUUUAUAGCUGAUAUUUACAUUGAUAGAAAUACCAAUUUAAAAGAAGGACACAUGAAACAAAAAGUGUCAGUCAUCUUCUAAAAAAAAAAAAACUGAAAUACCGGGUAUUAAAGUGAAAAAAAAAAUUGAAAAAAUACUUUUGAAAAAAAGUAAUUAAAUAAUGAUUUUUAUGAUUUUCCUUGUUUUCUCAUGUUAUGUUCCAUUUAAAAAUAAUCCAUAUAGUCAUGACUAUACUAAUAGUAAAAAUCCCAUUAAAGGGAGGCAACCUCUGUCAAUGUCAUUGUUUGUGAAAGAUUUUUGUAAGUUGAGUAUAUAUAUAUGCAUAGUUUUUACUGGUAUACCUUUUUGACAUAAAUGUUUAGAAUCAGGAUACAAAAGUGUCUGAUUAAGAUGAAGUGAAGAAAUUGAUUCAACUGUCAUAUCAAAUUAUCAACACCAGAUGGUUUGUAAAAAUUGCAUACCAUGAGCAUUAUAUGUUCUUAUUUGAUGAUUAAUUUGUUAUUUGAAAAUGUCUUAGCAUAUUCAAUGUAUUUUGAAAAAAAAUCAAACUUCAUAAAUUUCUCUUGAAGAAGAACUUGAAUAAUGUGACUGAAUUUACUAUGUGUACCGUAAGUUUUGGAAGAUAAGACGAUACUUUUUGUGUUUUGAAUUUGUUACAGUAUACAUCAACUCUUUGAUAUUUUGUACACUUUUUUUUUCUACUUCAUUUUGCAAUUUAAAGCAAAACCCAUUUUUCCACCAUUAAAAUUUACAUCCCAAUUCAAGGCAACAUAUGACAUAGUAACAAACUUUUGAUGCACUAUAUGCUAUUUCAAAGAUGAGAUCUGGGAUUUUGCACAUUCCUGAAGCACAUGACCCCAUAUAAAAAGAAAAUAUGUAAAUGUAUAACAUUUACAUUUAAAUCUGAUUAGUAUGGUCAGAAAAUACAAGAUUCAUAGUGAAGAUGCUUCCAAAGGCAGCUGAAACUUGGUAAACUGUGCAUCAUAUAUCCAUCUUUUGUGAUGAAACCAAGUGUCUGGCUGUUUAUGAUGAUUUACAAAUGUAAAGCAUAUAAUAAAAUUUGAAGGGUUAACAGUACUGUGCGUAAAUUUACUAGGUGUUUUUUUUUUAAUAAAUUUACUGGGUCAGUAGUUUAGGAAACCAAAGUGUUAUAUGUGAUAUAGUGAAGGACAUGUAUGUAAAUUUGGGAUCUUAACAUGGUAUUUCAGCUAUAUAUAUUAGGAAGACAAGAUUGAUUUGUAUAUGAUAGAGGAUCUGCUUUCUAAACACCAGAGCUAUUUGUAUAUAUUUGCUGUGGGUUUUAUAGUUUUUAUUUGAGGUUUCAUAUACUUUAAACAUUUCCAUUGUUGUGGUUUAUUUGUGUAUGGUGUAGAUAAUGUAAUAUAUUAUUUAAGUUUCUUUAUUUAGUUAUGUGUAGUUUUUUUUUCAUAUUUCAUCUUUUUACUUUUACCAAAGGAAGAGAAUGUGAUGAUAUGUAUAUAAAUUGAAGUAAUUGUGAGUGUCUCUCUAAGUCAAAGCAGGGAAUUGUAAGCCCAGAGACAGUGUCCUAUCGUGCCAAACAAGAUGUACUUAUCAUUUUCAAUUUCUGCAUGCUAUUUGUUGUGAAUUCAUUGCCAUUAAAAAUGU